CUGAUUUUUGAAGACGUGUCCGAAACGCCUGCGCAGUGUGCAGUUAUUUAUCCCUCUUCAAGCCAACCCAGUGAAAAAGACGAAUCGCUCCAGACUGAGGAAUCCCCGCAAAGCUUAGAAGAUCCGACUAUGGUGUAUACGCUGGGUCAACGGUUUCGCAGUAUGCCAUUCUUCAAAUAUCGUACGAUGCUGCUUGGCAUGCUGCUGUCCAUCACGUUUGUUUUUCCUGGUUUCUUUACUGGUCUCCUUUGGGGACUGUACUUGUCGUUCAUCGGGUUUCUGUACCUAUUCGUUUCUGAACCACAUGCAAAGGUGAGUUCCCUGCAUUUUGCUGGUUAA